UAAAAUCACACUCUCGAGUCUUGAGCGUUCCUGGUGCUUCCAUCUGCAGUUCUGCUGAACUUAACCAUCGAAGGCGAAAGGUGAGAGAUGAGACUGAUAACGAGGGUUUUGCAGUCUGCAAACAUUCAACUGUCUCAAGUAUUCAGAAGUUUCUCUACUUUUAGUCGGUUUCCUGGUACUCGUAAUGAGAACAACUUUAACUCUUUUGAAUCUCUUGAUGAUUUUGAGCGUCGGAUUUUUAGCGAUAUUACUGGAGACGAGGGAGAUUCUAGAUCAUUUUUUCAAAAAUUAGAUAGGAUUGAGAAGGCUUAUGACAGAUCGGGACUGAGCCCUGGAAACAGAUCUGGAAAUUUUGACCGUCUGGAUGAAACUUUUAACACACUGUCAGAUGGGAUGGAUGAGAAGUUGGGGGAAGCUGCUAAAUAUUUCGACGUUGAUUCUGAUGAAUUGGAGAGCGAAGAUUAUUCCUUCAGACCAGAUGUGGACCAUCAGUUGGGAAUGACAUACGAUAUUAAAGAUCUUGAUCUCAGAAAACCAGGUGUGCAAAAACCUUUCAAGUGGGAUGAGUUUGAAACUACAACAGCAGAAGUUCUGCAAAAAGCAGAUUUCAGGAAUGUGAGAUUUCUUGCCAACUUUAUCACUGAGGGUGGACUCAUCAUCAAGAGGAGCCAGACUCGAAUUAGUGCCAAGGCCCAGAGAAAGGUUGCUAGAGCAAUCAAGACUGCUCGAGCUUUUGGUUUAAUGCCUUUCACCACGAUGGGGACCAAACAAUUUGUAUUUGGAAAAACGAUGGAGAACCGUGAUGAAGACUAUGAAUUCCAGACUUACAAUCCUCACAGUUUUGUUGACAUGAAAGGCUCUGAAGAUCCUGUAGAAGCCUGAGUUGUUUGUUGUAUUUUUGCCUUGUUUGAAUUAAUGCUGCUGGUAGUGUCCACAAUUGGUGCUUUUAGACAUGAGGGUGCCCAUAUUGAGCACCACCCCCCCUCCCAAAAAUAAAAUAAAAUUGGUUCUACUCUGUUAGAAGUCUGAUAAUUUUUUAUCCUUAACAAGUAUACGUGCUUGUAGUCCUAAUUUAAGUAUGGUUUUCCAUUUUGUUCAUCCUUGAGCGAGCAAGCAAGCUUGUAUUUGGAAUUUGCUCUUCUUUUAAGGGACCGGGCAUCGUUGAUGAAUGUGAUAUUGCACAAGGAAAUGAUUACUGUUUG